AUGGCUUCACCUCAACACCUAUCAAUCAUGGAGAAGCUUCCAAACGAUAUCUUAUCAAACAUAUUUAUCCGUUUAUUGGCAAAACAGCUUGCUCAAAUGAGGUGCGUCUCUAAAACUUGUAAUGAUCUAUUGUCUUCACCCUCCUUUGUAAAAUCCCAUCUCGAUCAUUCACGCCAUAAAAACGAUGAAAUCCUCUUGGUCUUCUACCAUCUGUUUUCUUUACACUCUAAACCAUUCACAUCACACCCCUUGCGAUCUCCCCAUCUCGAACUCACUGAUUUCAUAAAACUCCCGACAAAUCUCCAAUCUGAACGUGAUCAUCAUGGUUAUGUUAUUGGAUCCGUUAAUGGCCUAAUAUGCUUUCAGUAUGGACCAUAUCUCGAUGGAGACUACUACAUUUGA